AUGCACCUUACUUACAAAGAUAAGUUAAAACUCGUGGCAUAUACGAAACAAGUGGCCCAUGGCAAAUAUCGGACUGACGUGUUCCCUGAGGUUGGACUUCUAGAUGUGGUUGGUAACGACCGAAGGCAAGCCUGGCAAUCGUUGGGGGAUAUGUCGCCCUCCAUAUGGACGCGGAAAGACCCCCAGGAAUUAAAAGCAUCCCUGAAAAAUGAAAAAGAUUGCAUCCUGAAAGUCGGUUCCGGGGAGACUGUCACGGUUCGAGUGCCAACUCAUGAAGAUGGAUCGUGUCUAUUUUGGGAGUUUACCACAGACAACUACGAUAUUGGUUUUGGUAUCUAUUUUGAGUGGACCGUUGCCCCAAGCAACACAGUAAGUGUUCAUAUAAGUGAUUCCAGUGAUGAGGAGGAACUUGACGAGGAAGAAGAUGCAAACAAAACUGAUCCUGAAGUUGGCAUGCCAAGCAAUCCUAAACCAAACCGCCCGCCAACAGAUGAAAUCCUUCCUGUCUAUCGACGUGACUCACAUGAGGAGAUCUUUUGUGGCAGUCACUCUUACCCAGGACGCGGAGUAUACCUCCUUAACCUACCCCCCGCCGUCUCUUGCCAGUUUGCCUCUCUCAUCUGCUUACCCCACUUUCUCCUGCCUACCCACUUUCUCUCUUGCCUGUCUGCCCCACUUUCUUUCACACUGAAGUCAAAUGAACAAUGA